AUGCCGCAGGGAGAUUACAUAGAGCUUCACAGGAAGCGGUAUGGGUACCGACCAGACCACUUCGAGCGAAAGCGCAAGAAGGAGGCUCGUUUGGUCCACAAGCGUUCAGAGACUGCCCAGAAGGCUCUGGGUAUCAAGGGUAAGAUGUUUGCUAAGAAACGCUAUGCAGAAAAGGCUCUCAUGAAGAAAACGUUGGCUAUGCAUGAGGAGUCAUCAACUAGGCGCAAGGUGGAUGAUGAUGUUCACGAAGGAGCUGUUCCAGCAUAUCUUCUGGAUCGUGACAACACAACACGUGCAAAAAUUCUCAACAACACCAUCAAGCAAAAAAGGAAGGAGAAAGCUGGGAAAUGGGAAGUCCCUCUACCCAAGGUAAGGCCUGUGGCUGAAGAUGAGAUGUUUAAAAUUCUUAGAUCUGGAAAACGCAAGACCAAGCAAUGGAAGAGGAUGGUCACAAAAGCCACAUUUGUAGGACCUGGUUUCACGAGGAAACCUCCAAAGUACGAGAGGUUUAUCCGGCCCAGUGGAUUGCGAUUCACCAAAGCUCAUGUGACACACCCUGAACUCAAGUGCACUUUUAACCUUGAGAUCAUUGGUGUGAAGAAGAAUCCUAAUGGUCAAAUGUAUACCUCUCUCGGUGUCUUGACCAAGGGAACCAUCAUUGAGGUGAAUGUGAGUGAACUUGGUCUAGUCACACCUGCAGGGAAAGUUGUAUGGGGGAAAUAUGCUCAGGUGACAAAUAAUCCAGAGAACGACGGAUGUGUAAAUGCAGUCCUGCUCGUUUAA